CCCCUGCGGCAGUUGUGUGUUGUAAGCCGCCAUGAUGCCCGUACCAGAAGAAUCUAAUCAUAGUGAAGAUAGUCCAAAUUACAAACAAAAGUAUAAAACUUUGAAGAGAAAGCUGAAGUUUCUUCUUUAUGAGCAAGAAUAUUUCCAAGACGAGCUGAAAAGAGUUCAGAAAAAACUCUUGAGAGUUUCACGAGACAAAAGUUUCCUCCUAGACAGACUUCUUCAGUAUGAAAAUAUUGAUCACAUUUCAACAGAUGAAGAAGGGACUGCGUCAUCAUCUGGGGCCAGUGAUACAGAGGCAGCAAAGGUUUAUGGUGAAGCACCCCACACGAGUAGCAAAUCAAAGAAAUCUCACUUGGCAAGCCAUGCUGCAUCAGUUGAGGGUUUGAAUCCAUUUGCCCACACCGAGGCAACCACAAGUCGAACGCCUGACACAUCAUCUAAAAUGGUAUUAUGUAAAUUUACUAGCAAUGGAAAGCAGUGCCAAGAAUUAGUAAGCAAGAGGUCAAAGUCUGGCUACUGUAACUCACACAGAGCUGUUGUUAGAAUAUCAAAGCAAUACUCUGGCGGCAAGGGCAGUAAAUCAAAUCCAAGUGAAGGAAUCAAGAUAACCACACAUGCAGUGGAGCAAGCUGAGCAGUUAGAGCGAUUACAUCGGUUGUCAGAGUCAAGCGCUGCAAGUCAAGUGCCACGGGCCACUGAACAGCUGCCUCAUGAAAUGUUCAACAUCGAGGAUGAAGAACAAGAUAGCGAAAACGAAGAUUCAACAGGCUCUCCUAGUUUCCAAGGCAACAUGUAUGAAGGAGACGAUGACCUGGUCAUUGACUUACCGGAAUAGUAUGGACUGUGGAAGGAGAACAUUUGGACUGAUAUCACGAUUUUAUUGCUCGUAAUGCUAUACAAUCUACAGUGUAGUAAGCCUAAAGGCAAUGUAAAUAAAAUGUUUGCUAUACAUUUUGA